AUGCUUGAUCUUGAUGGAAUUGAUAAGCGUAUACGUAAUUACUUAACAAAUGAAGUUGGUUUGGAGAAAUUCACAAGACUGUAUAGUAACAACAACAUAUACUCAACCAUGACAUCCAACAUUGCUGAAUCAAUUAAUUCGGCAAUAAAAGAGGUUAGAGAAUUACCGGUGACACCGUUGGUUGAAGCAUUGAGGUGUUUGGUACAAGAAUGGUAUCUAAAGAACAAGAAUGUAGCAGCAUCUACUUUGACAAGGUUGCCUGCUACACCAGACUUAAUGAUUCGAAAAAGGAGAGAUGAUUGUGCACAAUACAAGGCUAAAUCAUCGAAUCUAGUUGUGUUCACUGUUUAUGAUGAGGAAACACCCUGCAUUGUAAACAUGGAGAAAACAACAUGCACCUGUAAGAGAUUUGAGUAUGAUGAAAUGCCUUGUUCCCAUGCAAUGACAGUCAUCAUAAAGAGAAAUCUAAAUUGUUAUGAUUAUGUCUCAUACUACUACACAAAUGAAGCAUACAUGGCAACUUAUGAAGACUCAGUAAUGCCAUUAGGAGAUCAACAUUCAUGGGAAAUACCUGCAGAACUAACACAACAUGAAGUUUUACCACCAUUGACUAAACGUCCAGUAGGAAGGCCGAAACAAACUAGGUAUAAAGCUUUCAGUGAGUAUAAAGUACAUAAUAUAUGUGGUCGUUGCGGCGGUAAGGGCCACAACAAGAGAACAUGCAAAAAUGAACCAGUAAUGAAGACUACCAAUAAGGAGAAGAAAGUUUGA